UCUUGCAGCACAAAACCGCCAAAAUUCCGCUGUCCGUUUCGGUACAGUUUACUCUUCUUCCAUUUCAUUUGAUUUUGUGAUUUCAGCGAUCAGUUUAACUCGAAUCGAUCGGAUGAACUGGAAUUAGUUCCACGCACUCGUGGUUUGCGCCGAGGAAAUUUUCGAUCGAGAUUGAACUCGUUGCUCUACAAUGUUUUUUCGGAGAAGGUUAAAUCGGCGGAUUCCUAUGGACUUAUGCAUCCCGUCUUUGAAAAUUCCUCUCAAUUUGCUAUCUAUUACGUCAACUUUAACAGGUUGCAAAAAGGACCCACACAGAGGGAACAAAACCCAAAGGACACCUACAGAUGGAGGUAUCAGAUUCGUCUGUGACGCUCAAAGGGAAACCCGCAGGCGAAACCCAAAUGGGCUCCAUCUCUUAUGUCCGCUCCUAACGAAUACCGAGUUUUGGAUCGACGGUCAGGAUCUGCCUGAAUUCAAAAUUAUCCAAAUUCCCCGCCUUAAAGAAAAAAACCCGUAAUUAAUUAAAAUCCCCUUUAUUAUAAAUCACACUUGCCCUCUCCCCUUCAUUUUCGUUAACGCUCUCUGUUCUUCUUCUUUCUCUGUGUCUCUCUUUAAAUCCAAACCCCAUCGGUCAAAUUCUCUUCAAAUCUCAAGAACUUUAACUGUCUUUUGUUUCCCUCCAUCCCCACUUUUUUCUUUUGGUGGUUGAUUUUGAUUCUGCGCUUUCUUGGUGCCUCUCUUCUCACGCCAAGAAGGUUGGAGUUGGCAUAGAAGAGAGAUUCGUUUGAAUUCUAUUAGUUUUCUUUGAAUUUCUUAAAUUCUCAUCUGGGUUUGAUCCGCUAUGCCUGCCCAUAAUCGCCGCUCGUCGUUUUCGUCGUCGACGUCCUCGUCGUUGGCUAAACGACAAGCGUCCUCGGCUUCCUCGACCAACAAUGUCGGGAAAGUUAUGGUGGUUCCGCCGCAUUUGGCGAAGAAACGAGCUCCACUUGGUAACUUAACGAAUCUUAAGAAUGCGUCUCAUAGUGCUGCGAAAAGCUCUGUUCCGCCCCCUGUUUUGGUACCCUGUGCAACCAAAGCUGUCAAGACCAGAAAGACACCGACAUUGCUCGAUGUCAAAACGACCAGUGUAGUUGUCCCUAGCAAUGUCACAACAUUAUCAAGAACUGAUGCGAUUGCUGUCUCAAGUAGUAUGGCUGUCUCUCCAACUAAAUCAGAUGGAGCUUCAGUUUCCAUGGAUGAAACUAUGUCUACUUGUGAUUCUUUUAAGAGUCCCGACGUCGAGUAUGUGGACAAUAACGACGUCCCAGCAGUAGAUUCUGUUGAGAGGAAAACUAAAAGCAGUCUCUGCAUUUCAGGUCACGUACCAAUUAAAGGAAGCAUAUGCAACAGAGAUGUACCAGCAGAAAUGGAAACAGAUGGCUGCAUCAUUGAUGUUGAUACUGAUUUCAUGGAUCCACAACAAUGUGCUACAAUUGCUUGUGAUAUUUACAAUCACUUGCGAGCAUCUGAGGCAAAGAAAAGGCCUUCUACGGAUUUCAUAGAAAAAGUUCAGAAGGAUAUAAAUUCAAAUAUGCGAGCCAUACUGAUUGAUUGGCUCGUGGAGGUAGCAGAAGAGUACAGGCUUGUGCCUGAUACUCUUUACUUGACUGUGAACUACAUCGAUCGAUACCUAUCGGGGAAUUCGAUGGAUCGACAACGGUUACAGCUGCUUGGUGUUGCUUGCAUGAUGAUUGCUUCAAAAUAUGAAGAGAUCUGUGCACCUCAAGUGGAAGAAUUUUGUUACAUAACUGAUAACACAUACUUCAAAGAAGAGGUUUUGCAAAUGGAAUCAUCUGUCUUGAAUUACUUGAAGUUUGAAAUGACAGCUCCAACACCCAAAUGUUUUUUAAGACGAUUUGUUCGUGUUGCUCGAGGCGUCGAUGAGGUUUCAUCGAUGCAGUUGGAGUGCUUGUCGAACUUCAUCGCUGAAUUGUCUCUUUUAGAAUACAAUAUGCUCUGCUACGCCCCGUCGCUCAUAGCUGCCUCAGCGGUUUUCUUGGCGAAGUUCAUUCUUCUCCCGACUAAGAGACCAUGGGACCUCACCUUGCAACAUUACACACAUUACCAGCCAUCCGAUCUCGUCGACUGUGUUAAGGAUUUGCAUCGCCUCUGCUGUAACAGCCAUAGUUCAAGCUUACCAGCAAUCAGAGAGAAAUACAGCCAGCAUAAGUACAAACAUGUGACAACCAAGUACUGCCCUCCGACAAUACCGACCGAGUUUUUCCAGAAUCGAACGCAGUAGAGAGAGUGAAGAUUGGAGAGAGACAUAAACUGCCACUGCUUCUUUCUGCAUAAUGUCGGGAUCUUGGCGGAUGGUUGUAAUGUUGUAGCUAAUUACGAAAAUUCCGAGAUUUGUACAAAGAUCAGUUCAUAUGUUUGUCAUCCUUCCUCAUAAUUUGAUGUUAUAAAGGGCAAUGAAGGGGGAGUGACUCCGAGAAAUCUUUACAUAGAUUCUUUUUUUUUACUU